CCCCCUGGUAAGUUUUAAGUUUGUCGUGUGGGACAUUUCACCGGUGUCCGCUUUGCUCGUGUGAGAAGACGUCUAUUUGAACACGACAAUCUAUAUAUUAUUUACCUUCUUUGGCAAGAAGCAGUACUAUAUUCUAUUAAUUGUGAAAUCAUAAUACUGUUGUGAUAAAGAACUGUGUUCAAUUCGCGAGGUAUAGGGAGUAAACUACAGAAUCUAAGCGAGAAAGACCGUGUCUCCGCAAAAGCCAUCGAUGUUCUAGUGUUGGAAAAUUAUCAACUGGACGCUCUAUCAUGGCCCAGAUCGACGAAAAUCGGAAGUGGACUCAAGAUGAAAUAAUAAACAACACAAAAAACGUUGUUCGGGGGUUAGAAACCUUAAAAAAUGAACACUCGGGGAUUUUAAAUGGACUCGCUCUUUACGAAGACACGAAAACAGAGAGCCAAUCUGAGUUGGAAGAAGCUAAAGCCGGUGUCGUUCAAGAUUCGCUUGACAAGAUUGAACUUGGUUUAGGGGAAGCUCAGGUACUGAUGGCUUUAUGUAGCCAUCUGAGUACAGUGGAGGCAGAGAAGCAGAAGCUACGUGCCCAGGUGAAGAGACUCUGCCAGGAAAAUGCCUGGUUGCGCGAGGAGCUGUCUGUCACUCAGCAGAAGUUACAGGAGAGUGAGCAGUCUGUGGCGCAGCUUGAGGAGGAGAAAAAACACUUGGAGUUCAUGAAUUCUCUCAAGAAAUAUGACGAUGACAGACACCAAGAUGAAGGUAUUGAAAAUGACAUCAGCAGUGAUAUACUCUCGCAAGAUGAGGAUGAUCAUGACGUGGAUGAUGAGACACUCAGCCAGACAUCGAAUGUGUCUGCCAGUACAUCUGGUGUUUAUGAGAUACCAGCCAGACUACGGACGCUGCAUAACUUGGUGAUACAGUAUGCCUCACAGGGUCGGUAUGAAGUGGCAGUGCCAUUAUGUAAGCAGGCCUUGGAGGACCUGGAGAAGACAUCAGGUCAUGACCACCCAGAUGUUGCUACCAUGCUCAAUAUCCUAGCCCUGGUGUACAGGGACCAGAACAAGUACAAAGAAGCAGCGAAUCUAUUACACGACGCUCUUACAAUACGAGAAAAGACCCUUGGCGAAGACCAUCCCGCGGUGGCUGCCACGCUGAACAACCUCGCUGUCCUGUAUGGUAAACGUGGCAAGUAUAAGGAUGCGGAGCCGCUGUGCAAGAGAGCCCUUGAAAUACGAGAGAAAGUACUCGGCAAAGACCACCCUGACGUGGCGAAGCAGCUUAAUAAUCUCGCACUGCUUUGCCAGAACCAAGGCAAAUAUGACGAGGUUGAGCAGUACUAUCAGAGAGCGUUGGAGAUUUACACGACCAAGCUUGGUCCGGACGACCCCAACGUCGCGAAAACCAAGAAUAACCUGGCAUCAGCGUACCUGAAACAAGGAAAGUACAAGGCCGCCGAGACGCUGUACAAACAGGUUCUAACGCGUGCUCACGAGCGCGAGUUCGGCACUUCCGGCGAGUCCCUAGAGGAUGACGGGAAGCGAGGCAAGGACAAUGCCCCGUAUGGCGAGUAUGGCGGAUGGCACAAAGCGGCGAAGGUCGAUAGUCCUACUGUCACCACCACCCUUAGGAACCUGGGCGCUCUGUACCGGCGCCAGGGCAAAUUUGAGGCUGCCGAGACACUGGAGGACUGCGCGCUCAGAUCACGCCAAAGUGUAAAUGUAAAUGCGAAUGUCAUAUCGACACUUUCCAACACUUCUGCUUUCGAUGCCGUGCGCCAAAGCAAGGUAGCGCAACUACUAGCGGAGGAGAGCGGAUCAUACCCAAACAGUAUGUCGGCCUCCAAUACCUCCUUAAAUACAAGUACAAGCUCGCGACUCGACGACGGCGACGACAAGAAGAACGGCAAGCGAGAGAAGACCUUCUCCAGACUUAAGCGAACCCUCAGUAGUCGAGGCCAAAAGCUCAUGGAGAAGAUGGGCGGCUCCGGAACAAGGCUUCAGCGGUCAUCGUCACGUGACAACCUGGCUGACAACCUAUCCCAUCAUGCAAAGCUGUCGCCAUCCUCGAGGAUCUCGCGUAGCACGCCGAUGCUGGCCCAGAUCUCCUCGGAGAUCCCUGACCGCCAGAGAUCUGGGAGCGUUAGCCGCGGUAGGAGCUGGUUCGAGCAGUGACCACAGGAUCCCCACGACAACAUGUGAAUGUAUGAUAGCACAUAAGGAAAAGAGAAAUUGUAUUAUAAGUGAUUAUUUAUUAUUCAGCGUGUCGGCUUCAAAGCUUUGUCGAGUUAUGGUUGUAGCUGUUUCUGGUGAUUACUAACCACUUUAAAAGACUAUAAACUAAAUGCACUCGUGUAAAAAAAAAAAAAACAUUUAAAGACGACCACAUCCUUACGUGAUCCUAUCCACUGCGGUCCACAGGUAUCUCGCUUACAUUGGUUUUUAAUUAUUUGGACCACUGGUAACUCAGUUAUUAUCCGCUUCAGAUAUAUCUUAAGAAUGCACCUUUCGUUACAAUAUGUUAUAAAUCUUGGUUUAAAAAAACAAAGUUUAAAAACAGCUAACAGUGAUUAAACCCAGGAGAGAAUAUAAAUUAUUUACGCUCUCCUGUCUAAACGUAAUCAUUUUUCUGCUAUUAUUUAGUGUUAUCAAGUUAGGUAACGCAGCAAACACUAAAGAAAACAAAACUUUAACAAGCACAUUAUAUGAUAUAGAAUAAACGUGGCGGGAUAUCCUCUGAAAAGGUUUGUUACCGACUAGAAUAAAAGGCUUAUCAUCGUGGCACGGAGGGGGCUUUACGUAAACAACAUUUUUCUCUUCAUUCCUUACUAUUAGUAUUAGUAGUAUUGUUUAUUUGGAAGUAUAUAAUGGUAUGUUGAUUGUAGAGAUGGAAAUUAAAAAAAUGCAAAAAUUAA